UUGGUGUGUAAUACAAUGGAAGUAAAAUAAAAGAAUUUUAAAGCGUCUUUAUAUGUGUAUAUAUAUAUAAAAUUGAUAUUAAAAAAAUAAAGGUAAUAAAAAGUGAGCUAUUGAUUCAAGACAUUUGAAGAGUCUUGAAAAAUAUUAAAAUAAUAAUAAAUAAUACCAUGGCGGGUUUACGAGAUGAAGACAAAGCUCUAUUUCCUAUUCAAAGUAUAACAUCAAUUGUUGAUAUAUUUAAAAAACAAUUAUCAAAAAAUACAGAACCGGAUCUUGCAUUAUUAUCAAUACUUGUUGGUGCUGUUGAAAAUUCAUUGACAUGUAAUCGUGUUGUUGUAUCACAAGAUAAUACAACAAUAUAUGAUGAAACAAAAUUUCCAGAAGUUAAAUAUGAAAUUGCUGAUAAAUUAUAUAAAAAAUUUAAUUCAAUUAUUAAAAAUUCAGUUGAUUUAACAAUAUAUAAUGAUAAAUAUGCAACAAGAGAACUUGUUAAAAGAGUAUCUGAUAUAAUAUGGAAUUCAUUGCCACGUAGUUAUUAUAAAGAUCGUGCACAUUUACAAAGUCUUUAUAGUUAUUUAACAGCAAAUAAACUUGAUUGUUUUGGUGUUGCAUUUGCUGUUGUUGCUGGUUGUCAAUUACUUGGUUUUAAAGAUGUACAUUUAGCAAUGUCAGAGGAUCAUGCAUGGGUUGUAUGUGGUGAAAAUGGUAAAGAAACUGUUGAAGUUACAUGGCAUGGUAAAGGUAAUGAAGAUAAACGUGGACAACCUGUAGAAGCUGGUGUUGCAUCACGUUCAUGGUUAUAUGUUAAUGGACAAGCUGUUGUAUGUAAUAGAGCUAUGGAAGUUGCAACAAUUGUUUCAGCAAUAAAUCCAAGUUUAAGUGCAACAGCUGAUGCUGCUGAAGUUGCUGUGUUAUGGUUAUUAUAUUGUAUGAAAUAUCCAUUGGCACUUCCAAUGGGUGAUCUUGAAGAAGCAUCACCAACAUCUGGUAGACCACCAGCAAUUGCAUUAUUUGAAGAAGCUAUACGUUCAGCAAGAUUAUAUUAUGGCAAUGCUCAUGUUUAUCCAUAUACUUAUCAAGGUGGUUAUUUAUACAGACAUGGACAUCAUGCAAAUGCAUUAGCAUCUUGGGCUGAUGCUGCUGAUGUAUUAAGAAACUAUGAUUAUUCACGUGAUGAUGGUGAAAUAUAUAAAGAAUUAUUGGAAAUAGCUAAUGAAUUAAUACCACAUACAGUUAGAGCUGAUGAAUUACGUUUAUUACGUCAACCUUGUUGUUUUGGUUAUUUAUUAAGAUUUUAUGAUGGUAUAUGUCAAUGGGAAGAAGGUGCAAAUACACCAGUAUUACAUAUUGGCUGGGCACGACCAUUAGUUAAUACAAUAUCAAAAUUUGAUGCAAGUAUUAGAGCACAAGUUAUUAUUGAAUGUCAUGAGGCUGAUACAAAUUGUAAACAUGAAGAUGAUAAUAGCUAUAAUGUUGAUUUACGAAAAGAUACAAAUUUAAAAGAUGAUUAUCAUAAUAAUAACAAUAAUAUCAGUACCAAUAACAAUAAUAAUAAUAAUAAUAAUAAUAAUGAUAGUUGUAAUAAUAAUAACAACACCAUUACAAACAACAACAACAAUAAUAAUAAUAUUAAUAACAACAAUAAUAACAUUAUGAAUAAUAACAAUAAUAAUAUUAAUAAUAAAAAUAGUAUUAAAACAAAAGAAAAAUCUAAUAAUGCUCGUGACCUGAUAGCAAGCCUUGAGUCAAAAGUACCAUCAAAUCCAUCACCAAUGCAUCCAGGAAUUCAAGCAUUAACAGCAGCAUGUAGUGAAAAAAUACUUAAUAGAGAUUAUUUACUUCAAGGUGAUGGUGAACCAUUUGUUGCACCACAAGAAACAACAUCAUUAUCACCACCAUCAACAAUAACACCAGCAGUAUCCUCAACACCAACAGCAAUAACAACAGCAAUAAUACCAACACCAACAGCAUCAUCAUCAUCAUCAUCAACAUCACAAGAAAUAUUAGAUCCAAAAAUAAAUACUGAUUUUGAAAAUCAAUCACCAAGAAUUAUUCUUUAUAGUGAAAAAAUGAAAGGUUUAAAAGAUUUAUUAUUGGCUGAAAAAUUAAAUACACAUGCAAUAUCAUUGCAAUUGACAGCACAGAGUCAAGUACAAAUUGGAAAAAAAACAAGAGGUAGUAGUGAUGAAGUUGGAUUGAGCCAACGUAAAAGACAACGACACUAAUGCAGGGUAAAAAAUUAAAAAGAAGAAAUACGUUAUUUUAUGAAUCUCUUCCCUAAAUUAUUAUUAAUAUUUAAUUAUUUUUUUUUUUUUUUUUUGUAGAAUUUAAAUCGGCUAAAUUCUUGCGCAAAUUAUCUCGGUUGCUUGAUUGUUAUCAUUAUGUUUUUUUUUUUUUAAUACUUGCUUGUUUGUUUGUUGGUUUUUUGAUGCUCACUAGAAUGAGAGAAAAAAAAAUGCAAACGUGUUGAAGAUUUUUCUAGAAGAAAACAUAUUUUAUAUUAUAUUGAUAACAAUAUUAUUUUAUUUAACCGGGAGUAGAAAAGUACAAAUUAUUCAUUUUUUUUUAUUUGACAUUUUUUUUUUUUAAGUUUAUAGAAUUUUUGCGUGAAAUAUUGGCCGAAUGUGUGGUUUUUUUUAGACUUGCUUUUGCUUUAUUUAUUGAGAAAAAAAAAAAUCAUUUUAAAUUAAAUUAUUUUUAUUAUUC